AUGUCGACUGCUCUGUUCGUUCAGGCUACGUUCUUCAACACGGACAACAAGUCCACGGACAACAAGCUGAUGACGACCGCAGCUGUAAGCCACAAUCAAUCGUCCCAAGACAACAUUAUGGUUGUCAACCUUCAGAAGGAAUUGCAAAAGCGGUUGGAGGAGGAUGCUGGCGUCAAAACCUUGUACAUCACGAUGGGAGGUGAGCCCCGCUUCAACCGGGCCUUGUUUGAGAACAAGUCGAUGGCACUCUUUGUCGGUGACUCCAUGUCAAUACAUCACUUCACUGACGACUACGGCAGGAUCACCCGCCGCUUGCUUAUCCUCUAUCCCAUGACCUUCUCUCGGCGGGAAGAAAUUCCCAAGCAGCAGAUCCUCAAGAAGGUCGAGAAAGCCGCGAACCAGCCCGAGGAUAAUUGCGGGAUUGAGGUUGUCGACUUGGUGGAACUGCAGAAGAAACACGUGUACCUCGAGGGGCAGGCCGCGGCGUGCUACUCAUAUAACGGCGAGUUUGUGUAUAUGGCUCUUUCUGGUCGCAGCAGCGAGCAAGUGCUCAGCAUCAUUUGUGCUCCUGAGAACCUGAACAUCCCCAACGAGAAGCGCUUCGUUUUUACGGCUGUGCUUCCUCACCGGUCGAAGGAGAACGGGAGAGUCAUCGGCGAGGAUGUUAUCCCAUACACCAGCCUCGUUGGGUGGUGUGGAAAGGGUAUUUGCGCAUGGGGCCUUGAAUUCCUUCGCUUCCCUUCGGAAAAGGACCAGGAAGCCUUCUAUGAGCACUUGGAGAACAAUUACUCGAAGGUCAUCAACCUCGAUGAGAGCGAGCUUCGUGCCUUCUGCGGCAAUGCCCGCGAGGUCGCAAUCGCUCAUGGUAAUGGGGAACGCCGUGUGUUGUGCAUCUCCCACCAGGCCCUCAACGCACUCCGCCCCUUCAAACGACAGAUGCUGGAGGAUUGGUACGGCCUCGGGAACAUUCUUCCCUUCUAUGCGGACGUCCUGGAGCGUCGUGCCGGUCGGUCUGUUGGUUCCCUCGUCUCUGUGCCUGUGAUCCACGGUGAAGUUCUCCCCUUGCCAGGUGAACUCGGCGUCAUUGAGGCGGCGAAGGUUGACAUUAAGGACGGCGGUUGCUGA